AUGGCCCCCUCAAUCCCGAAGCCGAGCACACAGCGGCCGUCUCUGCUCCUGCUCUGUUCCCCGCCCUCCCCGCCAAACCGCCACUCCCUCCAUGCGGCCUACUACGCCCCGAUAUCUGAGGCCCUCGCUCGCGUCCCCGAUGCCCCGUACCUCACCGUGGUCUUGGCGGCGCCCUUCGUCCCCUUGAAGUGGACCUACUUGCAAUCACUCCUUGCUGGCCUGUACAGCCUUGUUGCUUCGAUUACCGACGCCGAUGUACGCAUUAUGCUCGUGGACCAUGUCCGUGGACGAGACUACCCCCCAGAUCGCAUCGCGCCUUUCAACGAUUCUACAAUUCCGGAUCUAGGUACAUAUGCUGCACAAAAGCACCGCUACCAGUAUCUAUUGCACCCAAGCACCGAAGGGAGCUAUGAGCUUCUCGCUACCUACCUUCGAGUCGCGGAGCGAUACGAGAAGGUUCUCCAAAAGCAGAUCAUACCACUACCCGGCGGUCUCAGCCUCUCGACUGAGUCUCUUCUGGACACUGCCCCAGCCACCGAUGUGACAGAAAGAUAUCGUGGGGUAUGUCUGGGUGGCACCUUUGAUCACCUUCACCCUGGGCAUAAGCUACUGCUUCAUGCUUCCACGCUUCUCCUCAAGCUGCCCCGAAAUGAUGAACCCCCAGCAACUCUCAUCGUAGGGAUAUCGGGCGAUGCACUGCUGAAAAACAAGAAGUUUGCCUCGGAAUUGGAAUCGUGGCCGUACCGUGCCAGAUCCGUCUUCUCAUUUCUCUCCACAAUCCUCUCCUCUCCUGCCCCCGAGGUUGAGGAUAGAGAGUAUGGCGACAACGAAGAGCUCCAUGCCAAAUUCUGUGAUGAGCGGUUGGAUAUUUGCUUUGCCAACAUCGUUGAUGUCUUCGGCCCCACCAUCACCGUCGAGGACGUGCAAGCUAUUGCCCUCUCUGGGGAGACGCGUGGCGGCGGCACGAGCAUAAAUGAGCGGCGAGUUGAGAAGGGGUGGAAUCCGCUGGUCGUAUUUGAGAUUGAUGUGCUCGAUGCCACGUCAGAUGACGGAGACGCCAAAGAGGCGAGAAAGCCAGAUGAUUUCAGUGCCAAGAUCAGCAGCACCGAGAUCAGAAAGCGCAAGGCCGAGUUGAAACCCCAAAAGAGUGACCACUAG